ACGUCAUAAAUGGAACAUAACUGAACAUAAAGAUGAGAGUGCAAUAGUGCCAGUUUAAAGUCUAGUGUUUAAACGUAUGCCCUAAGCUAUACGCAUCAGGUAUAUUGCUUCGAAAAUCAUUAAGUAUUUAUACAUAAAUAAAUAACAUAAAUGUCAGUCAGAAAAGCACCGAGUGCUGCCGAAGUAGCCGAAUUGACAGCUUCUGAUAUUCAAGAAUCUGAGACAGACAAAUUACUACGAAAAAGUCGAGACCAACCGUUCGUACCUUUAGGAAUUCUUGGCACAGUUGGAGCACUGGUAUAUGGUGCCUAUGCAUACAAGAAUCGUGGACCAAUGAGCACUAGUCGUUAUCUAAUGCGACUUCGAGUUGUAGCACAAUCGAUGGUGGUUGGUGCAAUAAUGAUUGGUGUUGGGUACACCACACUUAAAGAGAAAAGAGAGGAAAAAAACUCCUGAAAUUUUAACAGUCUUACACUGAUUUGAGUAUAUUUAUUAAUGAAGAUCACAGUGUUUAUGCAUUUUAACAUAUAUAUAAAUUCUUGGAAUUUAGGCUAUAUUGCUUAUGGGAAUUUUGUGGCUUGAUACAACUUAAGUAUUAGAAAUCAACCUGAAUUUUAUUGAGAGGUGCUGAAAUAUCUCAAAUGGAAAGAUGCGCAAAUUCUAUCAUAAAUUUUGAGAAAACUGGAAUUUUACAACGUGCAUGCAGCUUGUGAGAACUGUAUAGCAAAAUUAUGUAUGUCCACGUCAGGCAUCAUGGGAUUUAUGUUAAAAUGCGUUGGUAUGACAUGCUACUGUGUGAUAAAUUUUUACUCCAAAAAAAAGCAAUGUUUUGUUUAUGUUUGUCAACAUGUUGAACAAAAAACGUGGAAAUGAAUUUCCAGCUGCAGAUGUGAUGCGUAAAAAAAGAAAUAAACUUCGGGAAAGAUAUCGAAUGCUUAAUUUAAUUUCAAAUGAUUGUAGAUAUUAUUGUAGAUUGAAGUCGUCACAUUUAUUUGGUAAUAUUUAUAUUUUCUUUAUCAGAAUAAUAAAGCGUAAUGUCAGAAAA